GGGGCGCGCGCGGCAGGCAGCCCGCAGAAGCCGGGAGCCGCGCAGGAGGACGCAGCCCCAGCCGCGAGCCCAACAGCCGGCCGGUCUGAUUUGUAUCCACUAUAACCAGCACUGCUCACUGAGAAUUUUCUGGAUCGAUCCAAGGGCUCCAGAGUACACUGGAACUUCCUCAGCAAGAAGAAGACUGUAAUUUCGGAUUCCUUGGCGGAAGGAAAAAAACCCACUCUGGUCUUGCUGCCAACGAUGCAAGUGUGAUUACCGGCGUCUUCAUGAGCUCCAGAGGUCACAGCACACUACCACGGACUCUCAUGGCCCCUCGGAUGAUUUCCGAGGGAGACAUAGGAGGCAUUGCUCAAAUCACCUCCUCUCUCUUCCUGGGCAGAGGCAGUGUGGCUUCCAACCGGCACCUCCUCCAGGCUCGUGGGAUCACCUGCAUCGUUAAUGCUACCAUAGAGAUCCCCAAUUUCAACUGGCCCCAAUUUGAAUAUGUUAAAGUGCCUCUGGCUGACAUGCCCCAUGCCCCCAUUGGACUGUACUUUGACACAGUGGCUGACAAGAUCCACAGCGUGAGCAGGAAGCACGGGGCCACCUUGGUGCAUUGUGCUGCAGGGGUGAGCCGCUCAGCUACUCUCUGCAUCGCUUACCUGAUGAAAUACCACAAUGUGUGCCUACUGGAGGCGUACAACUGGGUGAAAGCCCGGAGGCCUGUCAUCAGGCCUAACGUGGGCUUCUGGAGGCAGCUGAUAGACUAUGAGCGCCAGCUCUUUGGGAAGUCAACAGUUAAAAUGGUACAGACGCCUUAUGGCAUAGUUCCAGACGUUUAUGAGAAAGAGUCCCGACACCUGAUGCCUUACUGGGGAAUUUAAUGCCACCAAAGCCUGCAUCAGCAGCCCCCUGAGCAGUACCAGCAUCUGCUAUACACCGUCUGCUCCCCUCUUCACCUUUCUUUUCAAAUGGUUGACUUUUGCUUCUCCCUGGAGUGUUUUUUACACUGGGUGUUCAAAUUUAUUUUAAGAAGUAGAAGGGAGGGGAGGGACAUAAGGGAAUGCAUACAUUGCUAGUAACAUUUUUAAAACUUAACAUUUUGGAUAGUGUUUAUGAAAAUCUUUAACUGGCUUUUAAUCAUUUUUAACGAUUUGAACAGUUUAUAAGCUGUCAGGUUCUGCUCUGUUCUGAAUCCCACCCAGGCCUUUUGGCACCACUGCAGGUGCUAGGGGAGCUCAGUGCAAAAAACAUCACUUUGGGCCCCAGUUAACCCUUUAGAGACAAGCUUUGCUUAAGGCUGCCGACCAAACAGAUGCUUAGGGAAGACUGAUACCAGCUUCAGUCUCUACUGGAUUGGUAGCCCUACUCUCUCCUUUUCCCUCUAUUAGUGACUCUGUAAGUUAAAAUAAGUAAACCUUUGUCAUUUAGCUGUUAAGUAACCAUAAUGAAAUCUGCUGCAAAGACCCUCUUGGAAUCAAUGUGUCCCAGGAUUAUAUUAGCAUUAUUUUUAAUAAAUAUAUCUGCUUAGCAUAUUAGCAUUUUUACUAAUUAGAAUUAAUUUCAGGGUGUGUGUGUGUUGAUGGAAGAAAGACACUCUCCAAUAAUUGUGGUAAAUUACGGCUCUCUGACA